GAUAACGUCUUCCCCAUUCCCGUUGUCCUCUCCCCAGGGUUCCAUCUCCUCCUCCCGCCCAACAUCAUCGCCGCCGCCUUAGGCGUCGGCCACCUACUGCUCCGGCCCGUGCCUCCUUGGCCCGUUCCUUGUUCCGGCGUGUACCUCCGCCUUCCCCUCCACCGGAGAACAUCCCCGUGGCCGGGCAGCCGCUUCCCUUCUGCCACCUUCCUCCUCUGCUUCAGCGCCGUGUCCACCGGAGAACAUCCCCGUGGCCGGCUUCCCUUCCGCGGCCUUCCUACUCCGAUCCGUGUGUUAGUUCUCUCUCCCGAGGAUGGACCCCCGCUUCAUCUCGUUAUUCCGCGAUCGGCCCGUCCGGGAGCAGGAGAACCAGGCAGAAGUCGAGAUGGGAUCCGCCCGAAUAGCAGGAGGACGCCUGAUCGACUGCCCGAUAGAAGAAUACCUCGAUGAAGAUGGCGACCUUGCGUACCGGGUGCUGCUCGCCAACGGGACUCGGAUUGGGUACAUGCUUGAUCCGAUGCCGCUCGAGGAAGCUCAGGCGACCAUACGAGAGCUGCUGCUGGCGGACAUCAGGAACGGAAGAUACGUUGCCUAUGACAUGCCGCGGGGAAGGGAACCCUGGGAGCUCCUCCCUGACGCUGACGAGGAUGGGGCGUGGGAGGACGCGGCGUUCAUGGACCAGGACCAGGGGUUCAGAGCUGCCCCGGCAUCUGACGAGGCCGUCGCGGAUCUGCAGGAGACGACGGCUGUGGGCGAGGGGCAGUGCUCGGUUUGUCUGGAGCCUCUCGAGGGAGACGGCGUCGCCAAGCUCAGGAUGAUGCCGUGCUCACAUUCCUUCCACGAGCAUUGCAUCUUCGCCUGGCUCCGGAUUAACCACGCCUGCCCGCUCUGCCGCUUCGCCCUGCCCACCAGAGAGCAGGAGUAGAACUAUGUAUUGUUUGUGGUUACAUGUUGCAGUUUACCGAGAUCUUGCAAUUGGCUUUCUACCUCGUAAUCUGCCCAAGAAUCAACGUUUCCUGUAAGAAAUUUGUCUGUUCGUUCAGUUAAAAUGACAGACAGAUGAUGUUCUUCUAAUAUUGAUGGAUUGCAAGAAUAUGUAAGAGACACGGAUUGGCAAGUGCCAUGUACCAAAUGCGGAGACACUGCAUCCUGAUAUUAGACAAUAUACAGUGACUUGCCAUUGUGGAUAGAAUAGAUGAGCAUACUGAGAAG